AAACCGCUGCCACCCAUGGAACCGAUGGAACCGCGUCGCCUGCGUCUGCGUAGCCUCCAUGGUGAGUCUCGCCGGAACCAGCUUCGCCGGCCGAGCCUUGGGCAUACCCCGCCCAAAGCAUGGCUGGAAGGUUUCAGUGGCAGCACCUCUCGCUGCAAGCUUUGGGCUUUGGUCGCCGGAACCCGUGUGGUUCGAAGCAGACAAAGAGCUGUGAAGGGCGAAACGGCAAGCGAAGACUUGAAGAAGCAAUGGGAGGAGUUUUAUGAGAAGGAUGAGCGUGAUGCCAGGGAAGGCUGGGCCAUCGACAUCUUUGACGACGACCGGUUGCUGAAGGUCAUCAUGACCCCAUCCCCGCGGAAGUCGCGAGUGGUUCGACCCAUGAUGGGUGACAAGGUGACCAUCAGCUACCAAUGGGGCCUGGAUGGCGAACAAAGCAUCGACUCCUGUGACUCCUUCACCUUCCGCGUGGGUCACGGUGACGCUCCCAUUCGUGGCCUUGAUGAAGCGGUGCUGACGAUGAGUGAGGGCGAGGUCUCCCACUUUUUCAUCGCACCCGACUUGGCCUACGGAGAAGAAGGAAGGGAUGGUGUCCCUCCAAAUGCUUCACUGGAAUAUGAGAUUCAUCUACUCAAAGUCAUAGACAUGGAUCCGGAGAUCGAAGAGUUCGAUGACGACUUCGAGAUCCCUGACGACCUGGACAAGAUGGGCGAAAAUGAUCUGGGCAAAGGUGGACAGGACGAGACCUACAGAUGGGAACGCCAUGGCCAGGACAUGCUGGUUUGGAUCCCUAUCUCUGAGUCCACGACCAGCAAAGAAAUCGAUUGUUUGUUGUUAAAGACUCACAUCAAUGCCGAAGUGGCGGGCCAGGUGAUCUUCGAUGGCGUGCCGGGUCUGGACAUCGACGAAGACGAGAGCUACUGGGAGAUAGAGAUGGAUUCCACUGGACAGCGAUGUGUUUGCAUCCAUCUGCGCAAGGAUCACGAGUUCCAACGCUGGCCUCCGAAGCUAUUGAAAUGACGGAAAAGAGAAUGACCGAACUGUGAGAGAUGGUGAAGGAUUUGGGAAACCUAUGGAAAAU